AUGCUUCAGUCUCUUCUCCUUCAACACCCUCUCACCACCACUAAUGUUAGCAGCCCUAAUUCCUCACCAGUCACAGUCAACGCUUCCACUAUGAACGCAAACACCUCUAAACGAGCCAUCAACGAAGGAAACAACGACGUUGAUGAUGAUCCUUCGUCUCACCACCAUAAACGACGGAACCUCGAAGAUAAACAGGAGGAGCAUGAGGACCAGUCGAUCCUCGUUGAAGCGGAAUCAUCUGGUUUAAGACUUUUAGGGUUGUUGCUACAGUGCGCCGAGAGCGUAGCGGUUGAUAACCUAGACCACGCGAAUAAUCUUUUACCGGAAAUAUCGGAAUUGUCUUCUCCGUUUGGUUCUUCGCCGGAACGUGUAGCGGCGUACUUCGCCGAAGCGUUACAGGCGAGAAUUAUCAGUUCUUACCUCGGAACCUAUACGCCUCUCAGCAUCAAAAGAUUAGCCCUAGUUCAAAGCCAGAAGAUCUGCAACGCUCUUCAGUCCUACAAUUCAAUAAGUCCUUUCAUCAAAUUCUCCCAUUUCACAGCGAAUCAAGCGAUUUUCCAAGCGCUAGAAGGUGAAGAUGGCGUCCAUAUCAUCGAUCUCGACAUAAUGCAAGGUCUCCAAUGGCCUGGAUUGUUCCACAUCCUUGCCUCUCGACCUCGCAAAAUCAAAUCUCUUAGAAUCACAGGCGUCGGAUCUUCCAUCGAACUUCUCGAAGCCACCGGCCGCCGUCUCCAUGACUUUGCAAACUCUCUCGGCCUCCCCUUCGAAUUCACCCCUCUCGAAGGAAAAAUCGGAAACAUCAAUUCGGAUCUCACGACUCAACUAGGCGUCAGACCCGGUGAAACGAUGGUCGUCCACUGGAUGCACCACUGUCUCUACGACGUCACCGGCAGCGACUUCGGUACCUUACGACUAUUAACCUUACUAAAACCUAAACUCAUCACAAUCGUCGAACAAGAUCUGAGCCACGGCGGCAGUUUUCUAGGGCGGUUCGUUGAAGCGUUGCAUUACUACUCCGCCUUGUUCGACGCUCUAGGCGACGGACUGGAGUCCGAAAACGUCGAACGGCACACGGUGGAGCAACAGCUGUUUGGAUGUGAAAUAAAAAACAUCGUCGCCGUCGGCGGGCCAAAGAGGACCGGCGAAGUGAAGGUUGAGAGAUGGGGAGAAGAAUUGGUUCGGGUCGGAUUUAAACCCGUUUCAUUAGCGGGUAACCCGGCAGCACAAGCGAGUUUAUUACUGGGAAUGUUUCCGUGGAAAGGGUACACGUUAGUAGAGGAGAACGGUUGUUUGAAAUUAGGUUGGAAAGAUUUGUCGUUGUUGACUGCGUCUGCAUGGCAGCCGUCCGAUUUUCAAUAG